ACCGCGCUGCGUUCGCGAAGCAAUCCUCGCUGCGUCUCCUCCCCCCCGAUCUGCCUCCGCUGCCCUCCCCGCGUCCAUGACUUCCGAUAGCCCCGUCGACCUCCUUGGCCCAAGCCUGCUGGCCGUCGACACCAGCAAGCCCGUCCCUGCCGAUGCUUCCCAUGUUUGGGAGGGUGUCGGUUGCGACGGCUGCUCUGCCACACCCAUCGAGGGCCGCCGCUUCAAGUGCAGCGACUGCAACAACUAUGACCUAUGCGAAGCGUGCCAUUCCAAUGCCGCCACGGUCCAUCCCGACCACACCUUCGACGAAGUCAAGAUCCCGGAGGCGUUUGAAACCAAGACAGUUUCGACCCAGGAGGCGCUCGCCGGCAAGUACAUUGGCCUGUACUUCAGUGCCCACUGGUGUCCUCCCUGUAAGAUGUUUACCCCGAGGCUGGCAGAGUACUACAACUCCAUGGUUGCUAAGGGCACGCCCUUUGAAAUCGUCUUUGUGAGCUCGGACUCGGAUCAAAAGUCGUUCGACGAGUAUUUCUCGCAGAUGCCCUGGCUUGCUCUGCCAUACGAGAACAGGGAUACCAAGAACGCUCUUAGCCGCAAGUACAAAGUUGAAGGCAUCCCCACGCUCGUGAUCUUGGACGAGCACGGCAAUUCCAUCACAAAGGAUGCCCGCUCCAAGGUCAUGGGCGAUCCCGAGGGUCUCGGCUUUCCCUAUGCUCCUCGCCCGCUGAGCGAAAUGCUCGGCAACGUCUUUGUGAACCGCGAGGGCGAAAAGUUCGACCGCUCUGACAUUGACGGCAAGAUUCUGGGCCUGUAUUUCUCGGCCUCGUGGUGCGGCCCGUGCCGAAGAUGUACCCCUCUCCUCGCAACACUCUAUGAAAAGCUCAAGGCCAAGCAGACCAACUUUGAGAUUGUCUUUUUGUCUGGCGACAAAGAUGAAGAAGCGUUUACGGAGUACAUCAAGGAGAUGCCUUGGCUUGCGCUGCCCUUCAAGCAUGCCAAGAGUGCUUAUGAGGAGCUUAGUGAUUUUUAUGGUGUGGAUGGUAUCCCCUCCUUGGUGAUCCUCGACGAAAACCGAAAGAUCAUCAACAAGGACGCUGCUAGUGUCGCGAUGAACGACAAGGACGGAGUCGACUUCCCUUGGGCCCCCAAGAACGUCGUGGACCUCGCUGAGGGUAUCGAGUCGGCUGGCUUUAGCAUCAACGAAAAGCCCGCGCUGGUUGCGUUUUUCCCGAACGAGUCCGAGGACGAGAAAACUCGCAUUCGGGGCGUCGUGCAGACCCUGGCCAAUCAACGCAGCACCAAGGUCGUGUGCACUGGAGACACCUGCACCAUGGAGUCGGUUGAGCCCGACACAAUCUUCUUCACUGUCAAAGAGACUUCCGGCAUGAGCGAGAGGGUUGCCAGCAUUUGCAGCAUCUCGGAGGAAGAGCUCGGCAGCCCCUUUGUGCUCAUCUUGGAUGUGCCCCAGCGUCAGUUCCACAUCUACCGAGGCAGUAUUGAAGUGAACACGCUUGCCGACCUUAUCAGCCAGUACAACUCGGGAAGCCUUGAAACCACCGGCUUUUAAGGAGCCGACACUCCGACAAGAUGCGUUGCUCUUGAAGGCCAACCCCGACACUGUUGAUGUGUGUCGCCAAGGCUCGUGUCAAACCUGCAAUCAACGAAGCGACGCACUCGUUUGAAUAAGUAGCCAGUCGGCGGUAAUUAUUUGUUAUCUCCAUGUUUUUGUUGUACCAAGCAGUUUGCAGUGCCAGGUAGCCGUGCGAUGUUCUGUGGACUGGACUGAACCGCACCGCAUCGCUCGGCAAAAUAUAUUCCCGUUUGUGAAUCAA